AUAACUUGUCAGCCAUUUAUUUCCUAGAUGCUAUAGGAUAGCAAGAUUCGCGACGGGGUCGAAAUAGUUUUGAGACGAAUGCAGGACUGGUCGAAAUAGCGUCCAGACAGAUGCGGAGCUGAUGGGUAAAAUAGCGUCUUAGAUGUGUACUUUUAGUUUGAGUGCUUAUCAAGGUUGCCGUCUUGGUCAAUAGUCCCAGAGACGAUGCGAUGACGGUUUGCCCUACUUAUCCUUACCUUAUAUAGGCCGGUAUCUGCCAUAUUGGGCCAUCACCGAGUUACACUAUACUCUAUUCAGGGACCAAGGUCAGACGACCUCAACUCAAUCCUCGCUCUUGUCCGUUAAGACCGAGAUUUACAACCUUUAGAAAGCUCAGACGGGCCGGCUCGAGUUGAAAUAAGAACGGGCGCAUCCCGUGAACUUCGGCGAAGUUGGCGCCUCCGUUUCGAAAAAAGCAAUCCCCACCAUCAAAUCUCCUACAGCCGCCGCCCCCCCUCUCAUCCUAGCAACGCGUCAAGGCGCGCGCCCUACGUUAGUUAGCCUUUGGGGAAUAAUCCUGGACUAUUGCCGCGGGGAGCUCAGUUCCGGCCUCCCGCCUCAACUCCCUCACAAUGAGCGGAAGCAGCGGCCACUCGACCUCGUAUUCCUCCGCGUCCUCGAGCUUCGAGGAGAUCAAAGACGCGACAGCCCCAGGAUCUGUCCCGAUCGCGAUCUGCGGCCUUGGCAUAAGGCUUUCCGGGGGCAUCCGGAAUGCCGACGACUUCUGGGAUCUCCUGGUUAAUGGCCGGGACGCCCGCGGGCCAGUUCCGAGCAGCCGGUACAAUGCGGACGGGUUCGAUGGCUCCCUUGGCGGCAAGGAGCGCAUAGAGACCAAGUUCGGAUACUAUCUGGAAGAUGAUCUAUCACGUUUCGAUCCCUCUCUCUUUUCUAUGACGCAGAAGGAGUUGGAGAGAUGCGAUCCUCAGCAACGAUUGCUAUUGGAGGUUACCCGCGAGUGUCUCGAAGAUGCAGGUGAAACAAAUUAUCGUGGAAAGCCGAUUGGCUGCUACGUAGGCACGUUCGGCGAGGAGUGGCAGCAUAUGCGAGACAAGGAUGCUCAACAGGUUGGCAGCCAUCUUGUCACGGGUUCUGGGGAUUGGAUGCUUGCCAACCGGGUUUCUUACGAGUACAAUCUUAGUGGACCGAGCAUGGUCAUAAGGACAGCCUGUUCGGCAUCACUAAUAGCCUUACAUGAGGCUUGCAGGGCUGUCCAGUUCGGGGAUGCCUCCGCCGCAGUUGUUGCUGGCACAAAUCUGAUAUUGGGGCCUUCCCUUACUAUGCUUAUGACUUCGGAAGGGGUCCUAUCUCCAGACGGGUCAUGUAAAAGUUUUGAUGCUUCGGCCAAUGGCUAUGCCAGAGCUGAAGGAAUCACUGCCAUAUAUGUGAAGAAGCUUACUGAUGCCAUCCGCGAUGGCAACGCUAUCAGAGCGGUCAUUCGGGGCACCGCGGCGAACAGCGAUGGCAAAAGCCAAGGAAUGCUUGUUCCGCGAGGGGAAGCCCUCGAAGCACUUAUGAGGAAGAUAUACUCGGAUGCAGGAUUAAAUCCGGCUGAGACUGCGUUUGUCGAGUGUCAUGGCACCGGAACCUCUGUCGGCGAUCCCAUCGAAACUUCUGCGGUUGGAGAGGUUUUCGGCCACGAUGGAGUUUACAUUGGUUCUGUGAAGCCUAAUGUAGGCCACUGUGAGGGAUCUGCCGGUCUCGCCAGUUUAAUUAAAGCAGUGUUAGCUCUAGAGAAUAGAACGAUACCCCCUAAUAUCAAAUUCAGCACACCUAAUCCUAAGAUCCCAUUCAGAGAAAAGAAGCUCACGGUACCGACUAAACCAAUACCGUUUCCCAACCACAAAGCCGAAAGAAUCAGUGUGAACUCCUUUGGAAUCGGAGGUUCAAACGCACACGUCAUCCUUGAUUCAUUUCCCAAUCCAAAGCUGUCAAGAGGCUUCAUACAGACAGCCAAAAGACCAGAGCUUCUUAUGCUAUCAGCUAAUAGCCAGAAUUCUCUAAAGACCCAAAUAGAACUCUACCAGGAAUAUGUCUCCCAGCAUCCAUCGGCCAUACGGGACAUUGCGUACACAUUAGCUCUCCGCCGAGAACGGCUACCGCACAGAGCAUAUCUGGUAAUGUCCGGUGACAAGCUAUUGGAAACCUCCGGCAUGGUGAAAACAUCAGGAAAGUUAUCUCGCCGUAAAGUCACCAUGGUUUUCACCGGACAGGGAAGUCAAUGGGCCGAGAUGGGGAAGGGAUUGUUCAUAACCAGCUCGGAAUUUCGGGGGGAUAUCCAUUUAAUGGACGACGUCUUGAGACAUUGUGCAAGGCCCCCAAGAUGGACACUUGAAGCUGAGAUACUCAAGCCCUUUGAAAUCAGCGGGAUCAACAGAGCUGAGCUGGCACAGCCUAUGUGUACCGCGCUUCAAAUAGCGAUCUUCCGACAACUGAAGCGUCUUGGUGUCAUACCUACUGCAGUUGUGGGACACUCGAGCGGUGAAAUCGCCGCUGCGUAUGCCGCUGGAUUCAUUUCCCUCGAAUUCGCUGUCAAGGCUGCAUACUAUCGUGGUCUAGUGUCUUCAAAGAGCACGUCCAGGGAUGGCUCUAUGGCUGCUAUCGGACUUGGAGCUAAAGAAGUAGCGAGGCUUCUACCGGAAGGUGUCGUCGUCGCGUGCGAAAAUAGCCCUCACAGCACGACGAUAUCAGGAGACCGCGCAUUGGUCGAGCAGACGGUGUCUACGAUCAAAGCAGUUAAGCCGGAUACCUUCGCUCGCAUGCUGAAAGUCGACAUGGCAUAUCAUUCCCAUCACAUGGAUCCCCUAGCUAAGGACUACCUGCACAUGCUCCGGCAGGAAAAGACUCCAUCCGAUAGCGGGGCGGGGCUUCGUCGUCGAUCAAUAUUCAUGUCGAGUGUCACCGCCAAGGUGAUUGACAAUCCAACAGAUCUAGGCCCGGAGUACUGGGUCGCCAACCUGGUCUCUCCAGUUCGCUUUAGGACAGCUGUUAAGAACCUUUUCGAGCUACGAGGCGACUCGGACGUCCUAUUGGAGAUUGGACCUCACGGUGCCUUAGCCGGUCCCUUACGCCAGAUCUGCACUGCAGGUUCGUGGCAGUGCAAUUAUGUAGCGGUCCAAAACCGGGGUAGCGACAGCGCCGUGUCUCUGCUAGCUGCAUUAGGUCGACUUUUUCAGGAGAAUGUAACUAUCGAUUUUGCCCCUCUCUUCUCGGGUGGCCGCGUUGUUCCGGGACUCCCGUCGUAUGCGUGGGACCGCAGCGGACAAUCCUUUUGGAACGAAAGCCGGUUGUCGACAGCGUGGCGGCAUCGCAAGUACCCUCAUCAUUGCGUACUUGGUGUGAGGGACCCACAAUCGCCGGAUGCUGAGCCGCUCUGGAGAAAUGUUCUGCAUCUCGACGACGCACCUUGGCUUGUCGACCACAAGGUAUCACAGGAUGUCGUCUUCCCUUUCGCCGGGUAUGUCGCUACAGCUGGCGAGGCGAUUCGGCAAGUGGCUGGCGCCGAUUUGGGGUCGAGUUACCAUAUUCGCCAUUUAGUAGUCCGUACAGCUCUCGUCCUAACUGAUUCUAAGCCGGCAGAGAUAGUCACAACAUUGCGACAAAAACGUCUCACGGACAACGAUGAAUCCCAAUGGUAUGAGUUUAACAUCACAUCAUAUAGUGGCUCUGCCUGGAUAAAGCACUGCACGGGAGAGAUUAAACAUGUCGAAGGGCUUAACAAUACUCCCUCUUCGGCCCCUAAGGGGCUCCCUCGCAAGCUAUCUAGCCCAACAUUCUACGAAACAAUGGAACGGAAUGGCUUCAUCUACGGUCCCGAAUUCCAAUCUCUUACAGAUAUUGCUACGUCCACCACAGAGCAGAUUGCCGAGGCCAAGAUUAUUGACAAGCAUAAUCAUGCAUCCGAGCCAUUCUCUCUUCACCCCGUAGCAAUUGACGGCUGCUUGCAACUUCUCAUGAUCGCAACAGCUCAGGGACUCUGCCGCAAUUUCAAUGGUCUUGCAGUGCCAACAUCAAUCGAGGAACUCAUCAUUUCUCGGGGCGCAUCGGAAAUGCAUGCGCGCGCUUGGACUAAGAAGGGUGAUCUCCGCCUCGGUGAAGUCGAGUGUGUCGCAGAUGGACAUGUAGUACUAAAGAUGCGCGGUCUGCAACUAACGCCACUCGAAGAAGAUGACAUAGCCACCGAGUCGAUAGAUAAACACGCGGCAGCACACGUCCAGUGGCUUCCCGAUUUCGACUUCGUAGACCACAGAUCGCUAUUCGCCGCGCCCAAGCCUCACCGGGCGCAUCUUAGCAUGCAGCAGGAGCUCGCUUUCCUAUGCAUGGUGCAAGAGGUGAAAGCCGUAGAAGGCAUCAAGCCGUGCCAGCCCCAUUUUGCCAAGCUGCGCGACUGGAUGAAGAAAGAGAUUCAAGAUGCCGUUGUCGGGAAGAGCUCGUUCCCACUCGUUGACAACCCGGCGCGUCUGCUAGAGCUAAGUUCCGAGGAGCAGCGGAAAAUGAUAGAUUCGCAUUUGGCGAUCCUCGAGAAGGGAUAUCACAGCGCGCUUUCUGUUGGACUUAAGCGCGUUUUAGACCAUGCGGCUGAGAUUUUCGCUGGGACACGCGAGACCCUCGAUGUGCUGAUGCAGGGCAACCUACUAGCUGAGAUCUACAACCAUACGAGUUUCGGGUAUGGCGAUUUCGUACGUCUACUUUCCAACACGCGGCCAAACCUGCGCAUCCUCGAAGUCGGUGCCGGUACGGGAGGCACGACGGAGCUUAUCUUGCGCGGACUCGUUGAUGAGGGCGGGUUCCCUAUUUACUCAGUUUAUACGUUUACAGAUGUCUCAUCUGGCUUCUUAGUCAAGGCCCGCGAGCGAUUCUCGUAUGCCCCUAAUAUGGAGUACAAGGUCCUCGAUAUCAGCAAAUCGCCUGCUGAGCAGGGGUUCAAGAUCGGAGAAAAGGAGUCUUAUGAUUUGAUUCUAGCGGCGAACGUUGUCCAUGCAACACCGUUCAUCACAGAGACUCUCGGGAACAUAAAAUCAUUGUUAAAACCGGAUGGAAUGCUGGUGCUAACAGAACUUUUGCCAACACUGCGGACGGCGAAUUAUAUGUUCGGUCACUUCGCUGGGUGGUGGCUUGGCGAGGCCGAUGCUAGACCGGCUAACCCCUUAAUACCGGUUGAGCGUUGGGGUAGAGAACUAAAGAGUGCUGGAUUCGCUGGUGUAGAUUCAUUCGUCGCUGACGAUGAAGCUCCCUACAACCAGAUCGUCACUAUCGUGUCUCGGCCACAACCUAAGAGUGAACCAUCAUCGAAGCGAGUCACUCUCCUAUGCGAGAACGAGGAAUCAAGCGUAGCAAGCACCCUGAAAACUUCUCUCCAGAGCUCCGGAUGGGAAGUCACACCAUGUCGACUAACAUCCACACCUCCCGCCGACCAAGACAUCAUCUCGUGCCUCAACCUCGAAAGCGAGUGGUUCACCAACCUAACCAAAGAGAACUUCGCCCACCUCCAAAAAUUCGCCAAGGCCGUCGAGCAACAAAAGAUCCUAUGGCUCGCACACCCAGUGCAAAUCCGGUGCACAGACCCGCGUCCCGCAACCUUCAUCGGCGCGGCCCGCAGUCUCCGCGCCGAAACCGUACCGGGGCUCAGCACCCUCGAGAUCAGCGCCUCGGAGCCCAACUUCAGCGACCUAGUGCUCAAAGUAUUCGCCAAGAUCCAGUCGCAAGAAGACAUCGGAACCCUCGGCCCAGACCGAGAAUUCGCCGUCGAAAACGCACAAAUCUGCAUCCCGCGAUACCACCCCUUCUCACUAACCGAGCGUCUCAAAGACAGGAGCAGUAGCACUCGACCUAAAACCCCCGUAGAAGGAGAGGAGAACACCCGAACCGCACUAACCGUCGGCAAAGUCGGCUCAAUGGAAACCCUGCACUGGAUCGACGAACCCUUGCCUCCCACCCUACCACCCGACCACGUCGAGAUAUCCACGCGCGCCGUAGGUCUCAACUUCCGAGACGUCGUCCUCGCGCGCGGGAUCCUGCAAUCCCCGACAUCGACACGCAUCCCACUAGGCUACGAGCUCGCGGGCGUAAUCACAAAAGUCGGGUCCGCAGUGACGGACCUAGCGCCCGGGGACCGGGUAAUGGCGCUCUGCAACGGGUGUCUCGCGACGCGGAACAUUGCCCCCGCCGAAAUCGUCAUGAAGAUCCCGGACUCGCUGUCUUUUGCGUCUGCGGCUACUAUCCCCGUGUGUUUCGGGACGGUGAUCUAUGCGUUGAUUGAUAUAGGGCGCGUGGAGCGGGGACAGAGUGUUUUGAUACACUCUGCGUGUGGCGGGGUCGGGAUCGCGGCGUUGCAGGUUUGUGGGAUGUUGGGGGCGCGGGUGUAUGCGACUGUGGGGAGCGAGAGGAAGGUCAGGUUUUUGAUGGACCGGUUUGGGGUUCCGAGGGAGAGGAUCUUUAAUUCCCGCGAUGCUGGGUUUGCGGAGGGGGUUAUGCGGGAGACGGGCGGACGGGGUGUCGAUUUGGUGCUGAAUUCGCUUUCGGGCGAGUUGUUGCAUGAGUCCUGGCGCUGUGUGGCCAAGUUUGGGAUUAUGGUCGAGCUCGGGUUGAGGGACUCGAUGGGCUCCGGCAGUUUGAAUAUGUUGCCGUUUGCGGAGAAUCGCUCGUAUCAUGGUGUUAAUUUGUCGGAGUUUAGGGAGCGGCCGAAGUGGUUGAGGAGGCUAUUAAACACCUUCGUCGACUUUUACAAGCAAGGAUUACUCCAGCCGAUCGAUCCCGUGGCAACAUUCGACGCGAAGCAAAUCUCGAGGGCAUUCCGUCACCUAGAAGACGGCGACCAUCUCGGCAAAGUCACGGUAUCCUUCUCUCCCCCUGGCACCGGUUCUCCCCUUGAAUCGGUACCCCAGCGCCGUAACAUCAAAUUUGAUCCCGCUGCUACCUAUCUCCUCGUCGGUGGUGUUGGUGGUCUAGGUAGAUCCAUAGCGACAUGGAUGGUGGAGCGAGGCGCACGCAGUCUAACGUUCCUCUCUCGCAGCGCCGGUCUUAGCGAAGUCAGCAAGGCCUUGUUCACAGAACUCGAGUCUAUGGGAUGUUCUGUCACAGCUGUUGCCGGACGCGUUGAUCGGAUAGACGACGUGCAGGGGGCAGUACACCGAUCAAGAUCUCCUAUCAAGGGAGUGAUACAAUUAGCCAUGGUCCUAAGGGAUAUGCCACUAGUAGACAUGGAGUGGUCUCAAUGGCAAGACGCACUCGCGCCCAAGGUCGACGGCACCUGGAAUCUCCACCGCGCGUUCGAAUCCAAGAAGCUAGAUUUCUUCUUCCUAGCCAGCUCGCUCGUCACUGUCGCCGAUUCCGUCGGACAAGGUAACUACGUCGCAGCAAGCAUGUUCAUCGAAGCCUUCUGUCGAUACCGGCACUCCCUAGGCCUACCCGCUUCCGUCCUCAACAUCGGACCCAUCCGCGACGUCGGGUUCGUAGCCGAGAACGCCCAGGCCAUGCAGAACAUCCGAGCCCAAGGCCUGCCUCUUCUCAGCGAGCGCGAGUUCCUCGACUUCUUAGAACUAAGUCUCUUGGACAGCCAUCCCACGGAGUCUGCCACCGCAGCGCCUCUUACGGUUCCGCCGAAGCCGUGGUAUAACAGCACGCAAGUAAUAAUGGGACUGCGAUCGGAGCAAGACCUCGACGACCCGAACACGCGGACGAUGUGGCGGCGCGACCGACGCAUGGGGUUGUACCAUAACGUGCGGAUCGAAAACACAGCCAAGACGAGCGAAAGCGACGCGCUGCAAGAGUUCCUAGCGCGAGUCGCCGGAGAGGGCGGGAAGGCGCUCCUGAAGGAAGAGAAGAGCCUCGACUUCUUGGCCCAUGAGAUUGGCAGGAAGAUCUACGAUUUCUUGCUUAGGCCCGACGAGGAGGUUGAUGUGAGCUUGACGUUGGCGCAGAUGGGACUUGAUUCGCUCAUGGCGAUUGAGUUGAGGCGCUGGUUUAAGGGCGCGUUCGGACUCGUGAUCAGUGUGUUAGAGAUUGUUGGAAGUGGCACGUUGGUUCAGCUUGCGGGAUUGGUGGUGGAUAAAUUGGUCGAAAAGCUUGAGAGCGAGGUGCAGAAGGCUGCGUAAUGUGAUUGUUAUUCUGUAUUUUCAGGGGUUGGAACUGGGUUAGGUGGGAGUUGGUUAACAGUCAUUCGUUUACCCCUAUGAUACCUUGUAAUCAUUUUCACUGUUGGUCGGGUCAUAGCGGGUUUAUUAUCAUGCUGGUAUGACUAGA